AUGAGAACUUCAGAAGAAGAAAAAGAUUACGAAAAUGCUCAAAAUGAAGAUGAUUCAAAUCCUCUUACGAAGAAGGAAUUAAUAGGGUGGUAUUUGCAUAAUUUUGCUGUUGGUGUUUAUGAUGUUGCUGCGAUAUCAGUGUUUAUUCCUGUGGUUCUAGAAACUCUUUCCGCUCAAGCCGGAUAUGAACUCGAUCAAGUAACUCCCUGCAAUACUACAAUUACCAAUUAUAAGUGCGUUACACGUUUUGGUGAAAGUUUUAUCGACACUGAAUCGUAUCCAUUAUAUAUAAUCGCGAUAUCUGUACUGUUUCAAGCGAUUCUAUUUAUUAGUUGUGGUUCUCUGGCUGAUCAUGGAAAUUCACGUAAAAAAUUUCUUUUGUCUUUUUCUUUUACUGGCGCAAUUUCGACAAUUGCAUUUAUAGUUGUUGUUAAUCCUACAUAUAUUCCCAUAUUUUCUCGAUGUCAUCCAGAUGUCAUAAAAACAAAACAUUCUGGUGCAUCUUCUGCUGAGAUCAAAGCAUUGGAAUAUAACAUCACCACCAAAUUAUCUUCAUAUUCAAUGGUUGCAGAUCUUACUGGUGGUUUGGUAGUAUUAAUUGCAGGAUUAGGAAUACUUUUAACAAUUAAUGACUUGAACGAUUCAAUUGGUUUUCGGCUUGCUUUAGUACUUUGUGGUGUAUGGUGGCUGUUUUUUCUUAUUUUUCCCACAAUGUGGUUGACUAGUAGACCUAGACCGCCCCUACCUAAAGGUGUAAAUUAUUUUGCAUUUUCAUGGAAACGUGUAGGAAAAACGUUAAUGUCAACUCGUGAACUUUGGCAAACUAUGAAACUUCUUUUCGCCUGGUUUUUUAUAUCAGAUGGUCAAAACACAAUAAUAACAGUUUGCGUUCUAUUUGGUAAAAAAGGACUUGGAAUGACAGAUACGGAACUCUCGUUAUUUGCCAUAAUUGUUCCUAUAUGUGGUGUAAUAGGCAUGAGUUUGUUACCAUUAUAUGCACUAUUAGGAUUUUGGUUACCAUUUGGACUGGUAAACAAAUGGGAAGUUUGGGUGUACUUGGUAGUGUUUGGAUUGUUGGUUGGAUCCUUACAAGGUUAUUGUCAGGCUUUUUUUGCUAUUAUUAUACCAGAAGGACACGAAAAUGAGUUUUUCUCUUUAUUUCAAAUUACUGCAAGGGGAUCAAGUGCAAUAGGGCCUCUCGUGUCAGGUGCUAUCACAGAUUUCACUCACGAAAUAAGACUCUGUUUUUGGUUUUUGUUGGCAAUAAUCGCUUUACCAAUUUUUAUAAUAGCAACUCUUGAUAUUGAAAAGGGCAAGAGUGAUGCUAAGGCGUUUAUUAGAAAAGAGGAAGAAAUGAAUAAUAAUAAUAAUCACUAG